AUGCGCAUCGAGGAACUCAUCAUUGAUGGGUUCAAGAGCUACCCCGUCCGCACGCAUGUCCGUGGCUUUGAUCCCAGUUUCAAUGCCAUCACGGGCCUGAAUGGUAGCGGCAAGAGCAAUAUUCUCGAUGCCAUCUGCUUUGUGCUGGGCCUCACGAACUUGUCGUCUGUGCGCGCGUCCAACAUUCAGGACCUCAUCUACAAGCGCGGGCAAGCAGGCGUAACUAAAGCGUCGGUGACGAUCGUCUUUGACAACAGCGACACGGAGCGCUCGCCCGUUGCAUUCGAGAACUAUGCCUCGAUUACCGUGACGCGCCAGAUCGCGAUGGGCGGCGCAUCCAAGUACCUGAUCAAUGGCCACAAGGCGACACAGCAAGCGGUGCAGAACCUGUUCCAAAGUGUGCAGCUGAACGUGAACAACCCCAACUUCCUUAUUAUGCAAGGCAAAAUCACGAAGGUGCUGAACAUGAAGCCGGCCGAGAUCUUGGCGAUGAUCGAGGAGGCCACAGGUACACGCAUGUUUGAGGAGCGCAAGGAGCGUGCGUUCCGUACUAUGGCCAAGAAGGACCAAAAGGUCCGCGAGAUCACGGCCUUGCUGGAUGAGGAAAUCCGCCCCAAGCUCGACAAGCUGCGCGAGGAGAAGCGCGCGUUUCUUGAGUACCAAAAAGCCACGACCGAGCUGGAGCGCCUUCUCCGCUUGGCCAAGGCUCACGAGUGGCAGACGCUGCAGACGCAGCUCGAGACGCGCGAGCGUAAGGGCGUGCAGCGCACGCGAGAGCGGCUGACAUCGACCGAGGCAGACAUAAACGCAUGGAAGGGACAUAUGCAGAGCCUGCAGGAAGAGAUGGAGGCACUCGAGCGCCGCCGCGCUGCCAAGCUUGGCAGCAAGCAUACAAGCCUCUUGGACGAGGCCAGGGCGCUAAAUCACGAGCUGGUCGAGGCCACGGCGCAGCAGGAGUUCCGGCAGUCGGCGCACGAUGAAGAGGUGCGGCGCGUCGAGACAGAGGAGGCGGCACUUCAUGCGGCUGAGGCCGAACUGGCUACGCACAAGGCCAGCUUCACGGAGCUGGACAGCUCGUUCCAAACCUUUAAAAGCGAUGUCGACCGCGCAGGCGCUGAGCUCGGCGAGCAAGAGGCGCUUCUCCAGACGCUGCUCACCGGCAUGGCUUCGGGCGAUCAAGAUACCCAUGGCGGCUUCCAAGGCCAGUUGGCCAAGGCCAAGGAACGCGAAUCGACGGCACGAUCCGAGAUUGAGCAGGCUCACGCGCGGAUCCAGCAUAUGGAGCGCGAAUGCCAAGCCAAGGAGCCACUGCUCCAGCGCGAGCAGUCCAACUGCCAAAAACUGGUGCAGCAAUGGCGCGCCGCACAGCGAAAUGCGGACGAGGCGCGCGCGGCCCUUGAUUCCCAGGGCUGGGACGAAGCGCGCUACCAGUCUUUGCAAGCGGAGCGCCAGCGGCUGCGGACCAGGGUCACGGAGCUGAUCGCCCAGCGCGAUGCAAUGCAGGAGCGCUUGCCAGCGGCGCUGCAGUUCCGCUACGAGAAGCCGUCGCGCGACUUUGAUGCCUCCAAGGUGAAAGGCCUUGUGGCGAGCCUCGUGCGUCUGGACCCGGCCAAGUUGUCGUAUGCUACUGCGCUUGAGACGUGCGCCGGCGGGCGCUUGUACAGCGUGGUCGUGCAGGAUGAGCAGGUGGGCGCCCAGCUCCUCGCCCAUGGCCAGCUGAAGAAGCGUGUGACACUUAUUCCGCUCACCAAGAUCCAGGCGCACGUAGCGCCAGCUGCCAAGGUUGCUGCAGCGCAGGCGCUUGCACCAGGACAGGUUGACCUGGCCCUCUCGUUAAUCGGGUAUGAAAAAGAGGUGGCCCAGGCCCUCGAGUACGUCUUUGGCUCGACGCUUGUGUGCAAGGACGCGGCAACGGCCAAGAAAGUUACUUUUGACCAGGCGGUGCGUAUGAAGAGCGUCACUCUGGAGGGCGACGUGUACGAUCCGGCUGGCACACUGAGUGGCGGCAGCUCGUCGGGCGCUCAGAGCAGUGUGCUUCUGCGCAUGCACGAGUUGGCCAUGCUAAUGGACCAGAUCCAGGCAUGUUCAGCGGAACUGCAGGCCACCGAAGAGACUUGGCGCAAGCUGCAGAGCGAGCAGCGCAGCGUGUCUCAGCUGCAGUCCGAAUAUGAGCGCAAGUCUCACCAGGCGACCCUUUUGCAGGAACAGGUCGAGCACAGCCGCGCAGCGACUCUGGAAGCUGAGCUUUCGGCGACUCGCGCACACAUUGACGAGCUGCGUGCAGGCGUGACUGAGGCAGAGGCGCGCGCAAACGACGCUGCUGCCCAGGCGGCGCAGCUGGAGCGCGAUAUUUCCGAGCUGAGCACCGACAAGGACGGCAAAGUGGCUCGUGUACGCGAGGCGUGCCGUACGCAGAAAGCGCAGCAUACCCAGCGCAUGGCUGAGCUCAAAAAGCGACAGGCGGCGCUACGCGCUGCAGAGCUGGAGGUGGGUCAGCGUCAAAUGGAUGCAGACGCUGCACGCGAGCGGCUGGAUGAAGCGCGGCGCGCUUCGGCGCAGGCAGCGGCCGACCUGGCAGCCGGUGUUGAGGCGCUGGCGGCGCUCCGUGAGCAGGUGGCCGAGAAGGAAACCGCCGUGGCAGAAGAACAGGCGUCGCUGCAAACCUUUAGCGAGGACCAUGCGGCCCUGCAGAAGGCGCUAGGAGAGAAAAAGCAUGCGAUUGGCGAGGCGGAACUCACCAUCAAGCACGCCCAGCGCGAGCUGGAGCAGCACGAACAUGAGUGCGAGGCGCUGCGUGCGUCUGCGGUUUCCCUAGAGGAGUCAUACCCAUGGAUUCUCGAGGAGUGCGCACAGUUCGGGCAGCCGGGCUCGGCAUACGAGUUUGACAAACACAACAUGCGUGAUGUCCAGCAGCUGUGCCGGCAGCUGGAGGGACAGCAGAGUGGACUGAAGCGCAAGGUGAACCCGCGCGUGAUGAACAUGAUCGAUAAUGUUGAAAAGAAAGAUGCGAGUCUGCAGCACAUGCUCUCGACAGUGCUGCGGGACAAGAAUAAGAUCGAACAGACGAUUGCGGAGCUGGACCGGUACAAGAAGGAUGCUCUACAGACAACCUUUGAGCAGGUGAGCCGCGACUUUGGCGCCAUUUUCGGCGAGCUACUACCAGGAAACUACGCGGCGCUGCAGCCACCUGAGGGUAUGGAGCUGACGCAGGGCCUCGAGGUGCGUGUGCGUCUAGGCCAGACAUGGAAGCAGAGCCUUACCGAGCUUAGCGGUGGUCAGCGCUCGCUCAUUGCACUCUCGCUGAUCAUGUCGCUGCUGCAGUUCAAUCCUGCGCCCAUGUACAUCCUCGACGAGGUGGAUGCGGCGCUGGACCUGUCACACACGCAGCACAUUGGCCACCUGUUCCGCACCCGCUUCAAAGGCUCGCAGUUUAUUGUGGUGUCGCUAAAAGAGGGUCUAUUUUCCAAUGCGAACGUGCUGUUCCGCGCACGCUUCCGUGACGGCACCAGUGUAGUGGAGCGCAUCGCCCAGAAGGGUGCCGACGGCGACAAAGACAGCCGUGCGCGGCGGCCGCUCGCGGGAGCCCAGCGAGGCGCGCCACGUGUCGUUAGUGGAUCGGUAGCUGUGCCAUAG